CCUGGAGAUCGAUGGGAGCGUAUGAGAAAGUGGAGUGCGGAAAAGGAGAUGGGGAGGAAGACGGAGGCGUGCUGCCGGGCUUCCGCUUUCAUCCCACUGACGAAGAGCUGGUGGGGUUCUACCUGAGAAGAAAGGUGGCCAACCACAACAUCACUAUCGAAAUCAUCAAGGAGCUUGACAUCUACAAAUAUGAUCCAUGGGAUCUUCCAAGGAGUAGCGCAGCAGUGGCGGGAGACAAUGUGAAGGAACGGUACUUCUUCUGCAUAAGAGGAAGGAAAUACAAGAACAGCGUGAGGCCAAAUAGGGUAACAGGUUCCGGGUUCUGGAAGGCAACCGGCAUAGACAAGCCCGUUUUCUCCUCCGGUGGGGGCGCCGCCGCCGCGGCAGACUGUAUCAUCGGACUCAAGAAGUCGCUGGUUUUCUACAGGGGAAACGCAGGAAAAGGAACCAAAACUGAUUGGAUGAUGCAUGAGUUUCGCAUGGCUCCACCGCCUGACCACAAAGCACCAGCUGCUACUCAAGAUCAAGCGGAGAUAUGGACACUGUGUAGAAUUUUCAAGAGGAACACACCAAACCACAAGAGGUGCGGCGGCAACAUGAAUGAAGAAGCAAAGGAGGCACGGAAGCAGCGGCAGAACGGCGGCGGGUUGGAAUUGGUGAUGGGAGGAGGAGGGGCGCCGGAAUUGCAGGAGGAGAAAAGAAGCCGCCAACAGCUCAUGAGCCUAUUCAAUGGGGCGGAGGACGGCGGCGGCUCGUCGUCGCGCUACACAACUACUUCCCUCACAAGUCUCUUGACGUCAUCUCCGACCAGCUGCGGCUACGAUGAUCGGAGCGAGUACUUGUUUCCGGUCGAUGCCAAAUGGGAUGAGCUCAAGUCCGUCGUUGACCUCGCCACCACUGACCCUGAUCACCAUCCCGUCGCCGCCGCCUGCUACACUACUCUUAACCACGCCCACCGCUUUUUUUUCACUGCUUAGCUACAGGGGCGGACCCAGGAAAGUCAUUUUGGGGGCCGAAAAUAUUUUUGGGGGUUCAAAAUACUUUUUGGAAGAGCAAAAAUUAUUUUUCGUAUAUAUAUACACUAAAAAAAAUUUGUUGGGGAGGCGGUAGCCCCCCUGGGUCUCUACUACGGUCCGCCCCUGCUUAGCUAGCUAGCACCUUCCAUUCUUACGGAUCGGAUCGAGUUUUUCAUUCCAUCACGAUCAACAGGCCACGGCGUCUUGAAUUGAUUAAUUUAUUUAUCCAUCAUUCGAAUUUAUAGUUUAAUUUAGGAAAUUUCUUCAGUGUUCCUCAGCUCAUGAUCGAUCGAUAAUUAAGACUGUUACACAUACAUUAUUUCUGUAAACACACAUACCAAGCCCCGGCCUAUUAUUUAAUUUAGUGCAUUUUGUGUUUAUUCAAACGAAAAUAUUGAAUUUA